UUAAAAGGAUUUGCAUAUAACUUUAAUGCAAUAUUUAAAAAUCUCUAAAGAAUAUAAAAUAAAACUUACACUUUUUGUGUCAGUCAUAUAACAAUUAUGUCUCAAUCAUUGACAAAGUUAUUUGUAUCAAUUAAUUUUAAUCCAGAGCGAUAUGUUAAAGAUAUAAGCUGUCAAUGCAUUGGUGCUGAUGAAUUACGACAACAAAAAGCUAAGAUUCAAGAUCUGUUAAGUUUUACAUCCAAAUUAUUAAAAAAAAAUGUUUACCAGAAUUACAAACAAUUCAUUGAAACAGCCAAAGAAAUUUCUCAUCUUGAAAGUGAAAUGUAUCAGUUAUGUCAAUUACUAAGUGAGCAACGAUCCCUUCUUAAUUCAUUAAACUGUGAUGGUAGUAAAGGCAUAGUUUUAGAUGAUUUAAAUACAGAACAAAAAAAUCUUUUGGAUUCUCAGUCACUAAAAGCAACUCAAUCUGAAUUGGCGCAAGUACUUGAAAAUAUUGAAGGAUCCACAUACAGAUAA